AUGUCUCCGUAUGCGUUGGUGUUUGGAAAGUCAUGCCACUUACCGCUUGAGUUAGAGCAUAAAGUAAUGUGGGCAGUGAAAAAGUUCAAUUUUGACUUAAAGGUCGUAGGGGAGGCAAGGAAACUUCAGUUGGUUGAGCUUGAUGAAUGGAGAACUCAAGCAUAUGAGAAUGCCAAAAUCUACAAGAAGCGCGCAAAACUUUGGCAUGACAAACAACAAUGCGAGAAGAAUCUCCAAGUCGGACAGAAGGUUUUAUUGUACAAUUCUCGGCUACGACUUUUUCCCGGCAAGUUAAAAUCACAAUGGUCUGGUCCUUUUAUAAUCAAAGAGGUACUCCCGCAUGGAGUGGUUGAGUUAUCCAAUGAGGACGAGACCAACGCAUUCAAAGUCAACGGGCAAAGAGUCAAAAUAUAUCACGGAGAAUACUUGCAUCGAGAGAAAACCUCUGUGGACUUGAGGAAUUCCGACUAA